AUGGACGAUGACGGAGAGCAGUACGUCUACGACGAAGAGCCCGUGGUGGACCACGAGCUCGAACGGCGACGAGAGCGUGGAGUGACGCCGGCGCAGGCGCGGAUGAAGUUUGUGGACUUUUUGCGAAACUUUCGAAGCGCGCCAGACGCCGCGGCGCCGGACGGGCGGUUCACGUACAGAGACGCGUUGGAUCAGACGACGGCGCCGAAGGAUUUGAAGGUGUGCUUCGAUGAUUUGAUCGCGCACGACGGGGAGUUAGCGAGGGAGUUGAGGAUACGGCCGAACGAAUAUCUGCCGAUCCUAGAGGAGGCGGUCGAGGACGUGCUGGAGAGUUUGCGGCCGACGGAGCGUACAUUGGAUAUCGGAGGCGCGCUGAACGAGGAGGAGGAAGAUCGUAACGCCAGGUCCACGGCGCCCAGGGCGACGGUGCAGGUGAAAUUAACGUCCAAGGAGAUUCCUAGACCGUUACGAAGCUUGAGUUCGAGCGACGUCGGGACGCUGGUGUACGUCCCAGGGAUCGUCAUUGCGACGUCGAAGGCGAGGACAAAGGCGAAGCACAUGACGCUCGAGUGCAAGACGUGCAGCAACCGGAUCACGGUCGAUGUCGCUGCAGGUUAUAGUGGCGUGAACGUACCAAGGCACUGCAACGCGAGCGCAUCGCGGGGCACCCAGGUCGGUCAGGAGGCGAACCCGUGCGGGACUGAUCCGUUUCGCAUCGUACCGGAAAAGAGCGUGUUCAUAGACCAACAGAACAUCAAAUUGCAGGAGAACCCGGAGUGCGUCCAGGCUGGUGAAAUGCCGCGGAACAUGUCCGCCUUGAUCGAGCGCACGAUGGUUCUCUCGGUCGUUCCGGGAACUCGGGUUAAGAUUAUGGGGGUGUACGAGACGACAAGCGGUGGCGGGAGCAAGCGCGAGCGCGGCGGCGGUAAAGUCGCUGUGCGGCACGGUUACCUGCGCGUGAUUGGCAUCGACGAAGAGAGCGAAGGUGCGCGUGGUGAUGCUCACUUCAGCGAUGCUGAGCACACCGAGUUUAAAACGUUCGCGAAUCGUCCAUUCAAGGAGAUGCUCAAGGACCUUCGCGCGCGCAUCGCGCCCGCGAUUUUUGGGAGCGAUGAUAUCAAGGCGGCCGUCGCGUGUUUGCUCUUUUCGGGCACUCGCAAGCACCACCCGGAUGGAACGACGAGAAGGGGUGACGUGAACGUGCUCUUACUGGGCGACCCGUCCACUGCUAAAUCGCAGUUUUUGAAGUUCGUUGAGCGCACGGCGCCGGUGUGCGUAUACACGUCAGGCAAAGGCUCAUCCGCUGCGGGUCUCACCGCGUCCGUGAUCCGGGGUGCAGACAACGAGUUCUAUCUCGAGGGCGGUGCCAUGGUACUCGCUGACGGUGGAUGCGUUUGCAUCGAUGAGUUCGACAAGAUGCGGGACGAAGAUCGCGUCGCCAUUCACGAAGCCAUGGAGCAGCAGACGAUUUCAAUCGCCAAAGCUGGCAUCACCACCAUGUUGAACAGUCGAACCGCUGUUCUCGCGGCGGCGAACCCACCGAGCGGUCGAUACGAUGAUUUGAAGACGGCACAAGAAAAUAUUGAUCUACAAACGACCAUUUUGUCUCGUUUCGACAUGAUUUUCAUCGUCAGAGACGCGAGAGAGUACGAGCGCGACAUGCAAAUCGCAGAUCACGUGUUGAAUAUUCACGCCGGCGGCGGCGAUGAGCUCGCGCUCGUGUCGGACCCGGUGCAAGAGAAGGAACGCCAGUUCUUGAAGCGUUACAUAGAGUACGCGCGCGCCGUGUGCAGACCGCGUUUAAGCGAACGGGCCAUGAAAAUGUUGGAGGACUCGUACGUGAGGUAUCGCGAAGAGAUGAGAGAGCGCAAGCGCACAGGCGGUCACGCCGCUGUGCCAAUUACCGUUCGUCAGCUCGAGGCGAUCAUUCGUAUCUCCGAAUCUCUCGCAAAGAUGUGUCUUCAGACCGUCGUCACGGAGGAGCACGUACAAGAGGCGCUGCGACUGUUUGAGGUUUCCACCAUUGACGCCGCGCGCUCGGGCGUCGCCGACAUGGUUGUCCUCAGCGCCGAGCAGCGCGAAGAGCUCCAAGUGGUCGAGACGCAGAUCAAGCAAAAGCUCGCUAUCGGGGCCACGAUGUCCAAGCGUCACGUCAUCGACGAUCUCGCGCGCAUCGGCGUCAACGAGUGGGCCGUCACGCGCGCGCUCCUCGUCAUGACCCAACGCGGCGACAUCCAGGAGCGCGCCGAGGGUCGUCGCGUCACUCGCAUGCACUAG